AAAGCGGUGAAAUAUCAAAGCCGGGAUGGGAGCUGUCAUCGUCGGGCCAACAUCAUGGGUGGCGUGUUGAAUUAGAAUGCCUUCCCACACCCUACACAGCACCGAACCCCACCGCAAUUCUCCCACCAUAAUGCCAUCUCUCCCCCUAUUCUCUGUGUAGGGGGAUGGUGGUGGGGAUGACAGGAGAGGACAGGUUAUACACCCCGGGUCGUCGAGGAUGGCGGCAAGAAGAGGGGCAAAGAGAGUGGUCGGGGAGAGGGAAAGGCGAGGAGAUUGCGUUUUGCGCCGUCAGACACCAGACGGCGCGGGCGAACCGUUCCUCUCUCGCAGUGUAGACUCGUUCGCGCGAGCCGCCACUAUUUUCCUGGAUUUCGUGGAGUACGCGUCGUAGUUUAACGCUGCCGCUUCCGAGGCGGUCAUCGAUUCGUCCCGACGGAGAGACGCAGCCUUUGACCGAACACGGUCGGGCCUGUCGACGCGCGCGAACCAAUUUCGCACGGUUCUGUGUGUAAAUAUUACCUGUUGGUUUAAGUGCAGUGAAAAUUAUUAGUGGGUAACCAAAUGGUUGUGCUCGAGGAAGGCGGUAUGCUGACUACUGGACACAAUCAAUAUUUACCACCGGAUUACCUUUCUCCGCUUCCAACUACGGUUAGUAUUUUGGACGCGAAGAAGAGUCCGCUGGCAUUAUUGGCGCAGACAUGCAGUCAAAUCGGUGCAGAUUCGCCUACGAAACCGCUGAUAUCGCCGUUGGAGAAGAACUCUAAGGGAAUAAACAUUGCUACGAACGCGAAAUCGCCGCCGGCCGCGAAACUGGAGCGCAACACGCGCAGCAGUCCGACGGACGGCAAGUCGCUGGCGUUCAAACCGUACGAGACCAAUGUCGUGACGAAGAAGACCUCGGACGAGGGCAGACCCGCGUCCAAGGCCAGUGUGCACAGUGUCAGUGGUCAGGAUAGUGUCAGUGUUGGUGAUAACACGCAUCCCGACAAGAAAUCGUCCGGUAAUCGCACGCCAUUGGGCCGAAAAUCCGCGUCGCCGAGUGGCCAAGCGACGGCGACGAUCACCAGCAACGCGCCGUCGGUUGACCGAAAGACCCCAGCUGAUCGGGAGAAGAUCGACGGUUCGCCGCGGUCAAGCAGCAGCAAUAACAACAACAACAAUAACAACGGUGCCAGUCCGAUCAUCAGAUCCGGGAUGGAGAUUCUUUCCGGGCAUACAACAAAGGACGCGAAUCUGGCGGCUUACAAACCGGGAGGUCUUCCAGGAUUCUCCAGCAAUCCGCUGUGCUGUCCACCUGGCCUCGCCGAAAAUCCCGCCUUCAGGCCACCCUUCGCGGGCGCGUCGCCCUUCACGCAUCAUCACGCCGCCGCGGCAGCGUUGCUCGGCUAUCCGUCGGCCAGUCCGACCGGCGGCAAUCCGUACUUGACCUACGCCCGAGUGAAGACUCCGGCCGGCGGCGAAGCCCUGGUGCCAGUCUGCAAGGAUCCCUAUUGCACCGGUUGCCAGUACAGCAUGCAUAGCGCCCAGAUCAUGAUGGGCGCGGGUAGCUGUCCGAGCGGUUGCACUCAGUGCGAUCACCAGAAGUACGGCCUGGCCAUGGCGUUGUCGUCGUUGGGCCCGAUGCCGCCUCCAUCGUUGUCCUAUCCGUCCACGUUGGCCAGCGGCCGACCUUACGUUUGCAAUUGGAUCGCCGGCGAGUCCUACUGCGGCAAGCGAUUCGCCACGUCGGACGAACUUCUGCAGCAUCUACGUAGCCAUACGAGCGGCGGCGAUCACGCGGCCUCCGCGGCAGCGUUCCUGGGCGCCAAUCCUCAUCCGCAUCCGCUGCUGUCGCCCUCGACGACGCUCCAUCGGGCCAGCGGCGGCACUUAUCCCGCGCCGUCGCUGAGUCCCCUCAGCGCCAGAUACCAUCCUUACGGUAAACCGCCGACGGGCCCGCUUCCGGCGUCACUCGCGGCCUCGCCGUACAGCGCUUUCAACGCCUUGGGACCGUAUUACUCGCCGUACGCGGUUUACGGACAACGAAUCGGCGCUGCGGUACACCCUUAAGACGGAUAUAUAUUAUACGUCCCGAGAGGGGGCGCGACCGGGAUAGGAUUUUUUCGCGGAGAGAGGAACUUUUUUCUUUUUUCUCGUUCUCCUCCUCCCUCUCCCCCUCUCUUUUUCUCUGUCUCUUUAUUUCUCAGUGUACAGUUGGAAAAUGUGCAAAGGACGACGUUGCCGUCUAAGAGAGACUGUUGUGUAAAUAGCCAUUGUGUACAAUACAAAUUUAUUUAAAAGAAUUCUAUAUAUGUAUAUAUACAUAUAAAUAUAUGUGUACAUUGAAGAUUAUAAUUAAAGUUUAUGAAACAACUUGGCAGAGUGUAACGUUGCAUCGCGAGACCACUCUCUUGCGGAACUUCUAUGACACACGCAGUAAUACGCAUCUCUAUUAAAAUCCGGUUACCAGGUUGGGAAAGGGGUCUAUACUAUGCUGCCAGCUGUGUAAGUUGAUAUUGUCACGAUGUUGUUGGACGAACGAGGCUCUUCCCUCGCUUUCACGUGCGAGGGAUACGAGGGAGAAAUUUCUCAUCGCGUUUCCAAACGCAUUCUUGAUGAUGACACGUCACGUGAUGAUUUUUUGACAGUUUUUCUUUUUACACGUACCGCUAGGUCCUCAUCUCGUUGUAUAUCAUCUUCGCGUUUACAAUUGGAUUGUAAAAUGCGUAUUACGAACACUGUAUAUUUUCCGACGCUCCGCAAACGCGAGCUUCUUUCAUCUUGAACGCGGAUCGCGUGUAUUCUAUGUCCAUGAUAUAACUGUGAUAUUACGCUACUUUUUCGAGAAAAAAAAAAGAAUAUAUAUCCAUAUGGAGAGGAAAAUAUUAUUAUUGAUAAAAAUAAUCCAAGAAUAUCUUUCUUCAGAGAUGAAAUACAACGUUGUAAUUUAUUAUCGUCAUUUGUCAGCAGGAAAAUAUAUAUAUAUAUAGUUAUCGUUGCACGAAAAUAAAAUUAUUUUUGAUUAUAUGUUUUUAUCUGUUUUUUUUUUCUUUACGCAAAAAUUUGAUAACCGCACAAGGAAUAUUUCAUCAAGUAUAGCGAACGUAUCGCAUUGCCUCUCUAACAUCACAUCGUCUUACGUAUUGUCGAAUAGAAAUGAUCUGAUAAAGGAAGCACAUGCCGUACGAUACGCAUUAUUCGCAUUGUAAAUAUCUCUUGUAAAUAUAUCGUUGAGUUUCCAUACCGCUUUAAUAAAAAAAACAAUGUUUGUAGAAUCAUCUAA